AUGGUAGCACCAGAAGACAUUACUGUUGAAAUAAUAAAACAAUUAAUUAAAAGUCCUGAUCAACUUCCUCAUAAAUCUUACUUGGCAAAUUUCCUUAAUGAAAAACCUCCAGUAAAAAUACCACUUGCUCCUAAUCAUUUCUUCCAAUUUAAUACUAUAGGUCUAGAUGGCAUAUCUAAAGAAGAACGAGAUACAUAUUUUAUACUAAAUACAGAAGCAGAAUGUACAUUACUUUAUUCAAGACUUUUAGGACAGAUAGUUUACCCUCCCUCAUUUGGAAAAACUGAAGACUCAUAUCAUGGUUUAUGGGAUAGUAUUAUUAAGAAUACAUUAGAGAUAUUUGGAAUGCAUAACACUAGUUUACCAGCAUUGGAAUUUGAUCGUAAUACAAGCAAACGAACCUCAACAGGCUGCAAUCACCCAGACAUGGUUGUAUUAGUGAAAAAUAUUUGUCCUUUUCGAGGUGAAGAAAAGUCCCGGGAAGAAGCAGGAGAUCCUUCAAAUGAAUUAGUUGAUAAAAUCAAAGAUUGGACCUAUGGAGAUACACCAUACAUUUUUGCAUACUAUGCUAUUGGUACUCUAGUCACAUUUGUUACUUUGUAUAAACCUGAAAAUAAAAAGAGAAAACUGGAGAUUUGUUCUGAACGGAUUGCAGAGUUUGAUUUAGGGCGUUUGUCAGAUAGAAUUCACACUAUGAAUUUCCUUCGAAAUAUUUGUGAGUGCUUUUUGAGCUUUAAAUUAUUAUCACAAAAUACUAAUUUAUUAUGUGGUUAUUUAGGUCGUAUAUUACCUUUUAUAGUAAAUUUAUGCCCUCCAAGGGAUUCACCAGAAUUUCAAACAAUUAUUCGACCAAAUGGAACUACUAUUGAACUUGGGUAUGCAAUUAAGAAAAAAUUUGUAUAUGAAGAACAAGUUACACAUUUAAAAGGAAUUUAUGGAAUGUUACAUGCAAAUAAUAUUAGAUUUUCUGACAGAUUAGAACAUUCAUCUACACAUUCUGGUAUGCAUGAAAUUAAGCCCAAACCAAUAAUGCACAGGGAUAUUCGAUGGCCAAACAUUAUUCACCAUUAUAACAGAUAUCAAUAUUUCAUUUUAAUUGACUUUGACUAUGCUAACUUUUCUCCUGCUGAUGAGCCUUUAAAAGGAUUGUCUGAAAGUGACCAUGCUCCUGAAAUGCUAAUUGAAAAGCAUAAUUUUAAGGUUGAUAUAUGGGGUGUUGGUAAUUUGGUUGGUUCAUGUAAUGUCACAGGCAUUCCUCAAGAACUUUUAAGCUUCAACACAGAUUUAUGUAAAAGUGAUCCAGAUAGUCGACCAACUGCUUCAGUUGCUCUUGAUCAGGCAAAAGAUAUGUUUAGAAAG